GGUAGUCGUGUCGUAAACAUCGCUGUGUAUCUGUUCGUUAUUAAAAACAUAAAAGUGUAUACUUGGAGGUGAAAUCCCGCAGGCAAGCUGCAUCCCAGUAUUAAAGAAAGUGACACUGAGUAUUUCUAAACUAAAUUCGUGGCACAAAACCUGGAAUUAACGAUAUUGUGAACAAAGCCUGGAUAUUUAGAGGUUAAAACUUAUAAAGAUUUUAUGUUGGCACUACAGAUUUCGUUGUCAAACUGUCUGCUGUCAAAUACGAAAUUCGAUAGUGACAGUUAGUAUAGAGUUGCCAAGAUAUCAUUUUGAUUAUUACCAUUACGUUCCAUUACACGUAUAAAUAUGGAAGAACAAUUUCAACUCUUAUUCGAUAAAAUGAAAAUUGAGAUGAAAAAUCAAUCUGAAUCCAUAACCAAUACCAUAAUGAACAAAAUGGAUGAGAAAUUAAAACCUAUUUUAGAGGAAAAUAAAUACUUAAAACUAAAAGUAGAGAACCUGGAAAAGAAAAUCGAAAUUUUAGAGAGAGAUAAGAAAACUAACAAUAUAAUAAUCCAUGGAUUGACAGAAGACGAGAAAUCGACACCCGAGCUUAUCGACAAGGUCAAAGAUACAAUAACAAAAGAAUUAGGCAUAGCAAUCGAAAAUUAUGAAUUCAACAAAAUAUAUCGUAUUGGUAAAACAAACAAAGGUAAUCCAACAAAGGUAAUCCGACCUAUACUGAUAUGCUUGACUACUGGAUGGAAAAAAGCGGAAAUAUUGAAAAAUAAGAGAAAGUUAAAAGCCCUGCAUAUCACGGAAGAUUACUCUAAAGAAACCUUAGAAAAACGUAAGGCUUUACUACCACAACUCAUGGAAGAACGGAGAAAAGGUAAUUUCGCCUAUUUAAAAUAUGAUAAACUAAUAAUUAAAGAAAAUAAAUACGUCAAGGACUCGAGGAAGAGAGAACUCUCAAUUUCACCACAAACAAACUCUCAAUCCAAAAAAAUUCAACCUUCAACUACAGCCAAGAAUAACAGAACGAAUGCAUUCGAUUUGAUGAGAGGUCGGUCUAACUCUUUCACAACAUUGACGACAGGUCAAAAACAAUAGCAACGAGCUAUCGACGGACGGAAAAAGGAACUAACACAUGAAUAUAAAAGAAAAACAAUAGAAACAAAAACAACUCUCCCAAGCCGAUUGGUCUUCGUGGGGGAGAAUGACCAACACCCUCUAAUGGAAAAGAAGAGAUUUUUAGAUAUACACAUAGCCACUUUUAACGCAAGAUCAUUAAGAACUCCUGAAAAACUUCAAGAACUUGAAUUAGCUUUAUCAGAUAUAAA